AUGGAUUGCACCCAUGAUCAGAAUGUUCAGUAUGGGACUCAUAUGCUAGCAGUCGAGGCGAAUGACUGGUGGAUAGAGAGUCGUAGGAGGUUGGAAGCUAGUGUGGAGGAUGCUGCUAAGUUUGGUGAGUUGGCUAAGUUUUACCAACACUAUGAUGGGGCCAAUAGUGAAUUUUUCAAGUGUAUCAAGUUUGAGAAUGAGUUGCGCCCAGAGAUUAAGAAGGCAAUUAGUUACCAGAAGAUUUGUAUCUUUGCUGAUUUGGUUGAUUAUUGUCGAAUCUAUGAGGAGGACAACAAUGCUCAAUACCGUGUUAUUAAUGAGAAGUGGGGCAAGAGUCAACAAGGCCGUGGUAAGCCUUAUGAUGCUCUAGUUGGUAAGGGUAGGCAGAAAGCGGUCGAGGGCAAGAGAACUAGUGGAGGAGAUGCUCAUGCUGGUAUUGUGUGCUUCAAGUGUGGCAAGGUUGGUCACAAGAGCACUGUGUGUACUGCUGGUACCAAGAGAUGUUUCCGGUUUGGUAAGAUUUGA